AUGGAUGGUGAUGAUUGCGAUGUCUACAAAGUCUUGGAUUGGGAUUCGCUUGUCAUAUUUCCCAAAUCCGCCGCUUUCACGCAGGGUGCCCAAGACAAAUAUCUCAGCUUCCUUGGCGACAACCAUCUGCAGAUCGCCAUGAACGAUAGCGCCAACGAGAACGUAGCAAAUGAGAUCUUCAUCUUCGGUGAUGAUUAUGUUCGCAUAAAGAACCUUUCCACCAACAAGUUCUGGAGGCGUGGCUCCAAUAACUGGAUCAUGGCUGAUUCUUCUGACACCACUGGUAGCAACUCUGACACAUCAUUCUGGCCCGUCAAAGUUGAGACAACAUUGUGCCCCUACGCAAUUUGGGGAACAACUACUUCUACAAGAGGUUUACUGAUCAAGGCUAUACAGAGUGAAGGCAGGAUCUAUAAUGUCAAAGUCCUCAAGAAGGGUCAUGCAGUGGCCGAAAAUCUUGAGGAUGUAGAGAACACUAUAACCCUCACAUUUUCCUACAAGAAUUCAAGCUCGAGUACCAUCGCCGGCAACAUUUCCCUCAAGUUAGGCGUCACAACAUCUGUCGAAGUUGAUGUAGUUCCAUUUGUUGCUAAAGGAAAGGUCAAAAUUUCAGCUGAGGUUACUGGGACAGUUGAGUGGGCAACUACUCAGACAGUCGAAACUUUAACCGAGUCUACAUACACCGUUAAAGUCCCUCCUAGGACUAGAAUAAUAAUCACUCUUGUAGCGACACAAGGUGUGAUGUUCCAUUCUCUUAUACUCGACGUGAAAUUCUCCAUGAUGGGAGUGUCAUCAUCCCCAACCUGA